GUUCUUUUACAAUCGGAGAAGCCAGCUUUACAGCUCCCCCUCCCUCUAUUAGAUCUGGAGCAACUCCAUCUCUUUCUCUCUCUCCUCCUCCUCCUCCUCCUGAGGUCAUCGGCUGUGAGAUCUCUCGCAGAGAGUGGUGGAGAUGAUGGGCGUCAGCAGUCCUCGUGCUAUUGGCAACGGCAAGGUCGAUAGCAAGGUCAAGUACCGCAGCGUGGAUGUCGCCGAGGAGGGAGAGGAUGACGAAGCGUUCGCCGGGAGGAGGAGGAAGAGUCCGGAGAGCCAUGGCAAGACUUACAUCGCAUCUUUUUCUCUCCAUCCACAUCGUUGUUCGUUGCCACAUUUCCAGCCAAGACGAAGUCAAGAUGUGGGCGUCAUGAGCGGAGCUAUCCUCUUCAUCCAAAAAGAUCUUCACAUCACGGAGGUCGAAGAAGAAGUUCUAGUGGGAUGUCUGAGCAUCAUCUCGCUGCUGGGUAGCCUAGCAGGCGGAAGAACGUCGGAUGCCGUGGGCAGAAAGUGGACCAUGGCUCUCGCCGCAAUCAUCUUCCAGAUUGGCGCCGCAAUAAUGGCGCUCGCUCCUUCUUUCCCAGUGCUGAUGAUGGGAAGACUCCUCGCUGGCGUCGGGAUAGGCUUCGGCGUCAUGAUCGCGCCCGUCUACAUCGCAGAGAUAUCUCCCGCCGCUGCCAGGGGAUCCCUCACCUCCUUCCCGGAGAUCUUCAUAAAUCUUGGGAUUCUUCUCGGCUACAUCUCUAACUACGCCUUCUCCGGCUUCUCGGAACACGUCAACUGGAGGAUCAUGCUCGGCGUCGGCAUACUUCCGUCUGUCUUCAUCGGGUUCGCGCUGUUCGUGAUCCCAGAAUCCCCGAGAUGGUUGGUGAUGCAGAAGAGGGCGGAGGAGGCGAGAUCAGUGCUCUCGAAGAUAAUCGAGGACGAGGGUGAGGUGGAGCGGCGACUGGCGGAGAUAGAGAAGGCGGCUGGGGCUGCCACCGCCAUCAAGUGGGAGGAGAAAGCUGUGUGGAAGGAGCUCCUGAGCCCUUCGCCUUCAUUGCGCCGCAUGCUGAUCGUUGGCUGCGGCAUCCAGUGCUUCCAACAGAUCACCGGCAUCGACGCCACCGUCUACUACAGCCCGACCAUAUUCCGCGACGCCGGGAUCAAGUCCGACAGCGAGCUGCUUGCUGCAACCAUCGCGGUCGGGGUCACCAAGACCUGCUUCAUCCUGGUUGCCAUUUUCUUGAUCGACAGAGUGGGAAGGAAGCCGCUGCUGUACGCCAGCACCAUGGGGAUGACGCUGUGCUUGUUCCUGUUAGGCGUCGCUCUCUCCUUGAAUCACCAUGGGACGGGGCUGAUCUCACCGGCAGCAGGGAUCGGGCUGGCCAUCGUUGCGGUCUGCGGGAAUGUGGCCUUCUUCUCGGUGGGGAUCGGUCCCAUCUGCUGGGUGCUGAGUACCGAGAUCUUCCCACUGAGACUGCGAGCUCAGGCCUCGGCCCUGGGUGCAGUGGGGAACAGGGUGAGCAGCGGCUUGGUCGCCAUGUCCUUCCUGUCCGUGUCCCGUGCCAUCACGGUCGCAGGAACCUUCUUCAUCUUCUCCGCUAUAUCUGCUCUCUCCGUGGCAUUCGUCUACUACUGCGUUCCGGAGACCAAAGGGAAGUCCUUGGAGCAGAUUGAGGAGCUGUUUCAAGCAAGCAGAGAGGGUCAGAAGGAGGAGGUGGAGCUUCAAGAUGCGGAGCAUCUGUUGCAGGAAUAGUUCAUGUUGCCCAUUACCAAUAUGUGCACUGCUUUGGUCAAAUUGGAAUCCAAGAUUUGACUGGGAGUAAAAUGCAUGGGGAUAAAUUAGAAUGA